UUUUGUUUGAAAUUUUUUUCUGUGCUGCCUUGAGGAGAAAAAAAACAAUUAAAAGGUCACGAAUGCCAAAUUAGGUUAUUCAUAUUUCGUCUUUCUAAGAACUAAUCGAUCACAACAACAGUCUGGUCAUGGAGCCUCUGACAAGUAGCGACUAUAUUCUUAGUUCUAUAUAAGCCAUGAGAUUUUUAGAACCCAAAAGCCAGUCAAGAAGAGGUAGUAAAGCAGCUGGAAGUAUUCGAUCUUUGACGAUUUAGUUAUAAGCUAAUGGCAGCUACUCCUUUCUCGCUCGAAGGCUUGUUUGCGUACAUUUCGGAGACGUUCGCCGCGGGAGUGAUUCAGUCUUACCAAGGGCAAGGCCUUCUAGAUGACGCUCCAUUACUGCAACGCCAAGAUCCCUUGGAGGAUUUCAAAAAGUUCAAUCGAAAUGAUGAGAUUUUUCAAGAGUACGAUCCUCCCUCAGGGGACGACAGCAAAAUGGGAUGGAAAAGAUCUCGCCCGCCAACAUGGCGACUGUCGCUAUGGAAAGCCAUGAAGCAUGCGUUCUAUAUUCAAAUUCUAGGUGGUGUUGCGUUGGGAUCGCUCGCUAUUGUAAUACUGGUCAUAGAUUUCAAUACCGUCGAUCUUUGCUAUGAUAUGCAGUCCAAAAACUGGACAGCGCUUCCCAAAAGAAUUCAGGCGGUCAUGGUGACUGCCGCUACAACCGAAGCUUACUAUGUUCAACUGUGGACGUUUCUCGUUGUGUUGACUAUGUUUGGAUGGCGUUUGAUAAAGGAACUAAAUUUAUUGAUCCUCAAUCUUUUGGGCGCUUUCUUCGACACUUGUUACAGGCUUUAUUUACAAGUUUACGACAUUUACAACAAGCCGUGGAGGUCAUUCCCUCUCAACGGCCUCUUUGUUCUCUUAUUGUUGAUGAACAGUUUAAUCAUCGGCAGAGACAUAGCUAAGAAAAGCGAAACCGAAAGGAACAAAAGAAUCAAGAAAGCGAUCAAGGUAUCGUCGAUGCUGGUAGCUCAAUUUGCUUUUGGAAUUCCAAUCACUUUUGGUCUCGUGUACGUCCUUAUACCCCUGUAUGGCGAAGCAUCUGAAACCUACAGAGCGAUCAUAGCCGGGGCAUUGCCUCUAGUAACUGCUGCUCCAAAGGUCGUUGUACGCUUGGCGGCGCAAAGAAUUGAUUUCCUUCAUCCAGGAGAUUCGCACGUGCUGUUAAACGUACUGUACAGCGCGUCCGCCAUCGUUUUUCGCGUUAUGCAAGCGGAACUGAACAGCCUCCGACUUUUCAUUCUACUCAGCUUCGCGCAUGGUGCAAUAGAUUUGCUGGAAAGGUUGACUAUCGUCAUUCGGGAUUAUUUUUGGUACUUUGUUUACAAAAAGCUCAAAAAAGAGAGUGAAACCAUUUUGAAAGCAAGUCAAUUUCGCUCGCCAAGGAGCAUGCGCUUUGUGGCCGAUAUGAGCAUUCAGAUGAUCCUUGGCGAAUCCACGUCACUGAUAGCAGCGGUCGGUUUCAUUCAGCUUUACAACUUCGUGUACAACCGCAGUGAUGCUUCCUCGGCGUCUACCAACAUGGUUUAUAUCACCCAAUUUUUCAUUCGCGUCUCCAUUGCUAUUAGCAUCGAUUUUGUUUUUAACUCGUUCUCGUUUUGGCUGCAGAUGUCCUAUUUAAAUAUCGCAGUGGUGCGCGUCUGGCGCAAGAAAUGGCGGAAACAUAUGCUUAUUGCUUUUAUUUUGACUGCAGUGACACUGUGUUACUUUACCACUCACUUGUUUGCUGUUGUAAAAGACAAAAACACUUCAGGAGUUAUAAUAGAUGAUCAUAGUUGCAAGGGGCCUUUCUCAAAGUAUUAAGUAAUAUAUUUUUUAACUGAUGGGUUUUUUAUGCUGCCAAAAAAAAAGAAUGACAGCAAAAUGUUGCUCAAUCUCAUUUAUUUGCAAAGCAAUACUUAAAUUGAAUUCUCGAAAUUGAUACAGAGGUGCAUCCCAUAAGUUUGAAUCUGUGUGAGAGUGUUAAUUUAGUGACUUGAACCACCACCUACCCCUUCCCUAAGUCAACAUUACCACUUCUCACUAGCGCAAAAUUGUGACUUAGGGGAGGGAUAGGUGGUCAUGAGGCGUAGGAUGUUGUCGUUUACUUUUUCUACCUGAUAUAAAAGGGUAAUUAACAAUUUUGUUUAAAUUGUAAGACAAAAAUCGUUAAAAAAAUGCAUUUGCUUCGUAGAAGAGGGGAUGUCUCUCAUUUAGAAUAGACGUAGGAAAUGCUGAUCCUUUCUUUGUUGUUGUUGUCAUUUCCGUGCCAAUUAUGGCGAUGGGAAAAUAAACACUGUAUAAGCAUGGCUUAAUUCACGAACUUUGAAUUCAGAACCAC